UAACUCUCCUCUCAUCCACCCAAUAUCUGCUGCUUCUACAACGCCUCCUAACUCGUUAACUUUCCUCCUCCUCCUACUCCGACCCUCCUCCUCCUCCUUUACCUCUUGCACCACCACCACCUCCACCUCCUUCUCUCUUUCCUCCUCAACCUGCUUCAUCAAAUCCACCUCCAGCCCUCCUCUGAACACGCUUCUCUCGAUCGAUCGAUCGAUCAAUCGAUCUGCCCGCGAUGGCUCCUCUCGACAAGUUGCUGGCGACAGUCGCGAGACGCUUGGGUCGCGUGUGGCCCGGAGCGAGGCGCGAGUACACGCGGGUGGGCAGCGAAGACGCGGUGGAGCUUGGGAGCGUGAAUCGCGACGAGGAGCAGGAGGAGGAGGAGAAAAAGAGGAAGCGCAAGGGCAGCCUCUCCACGCAGGAGGCCAGCGGGCUGGACGUGCCCGAGGUGACGCGGGCGCUAAAGACGGACAUCGACGCGGGUCUGGACGCCGGCGAGGUCCUGCUUCGACGGGAGGUGCACGGGGCCAACGAGUUCGAGCUGGGAGAGCAUGAGCCCGUGUGGAAGAAGUACCUGUCCCAGUUCAAGAACCCCAUGAUUCUGCUGCUGCUGGCGUCCGCCGCCGUGAGCGUCAUCACGAAGCAAGUGGAUGACGCCAUCAGCAUCACCCUGGCCAUUGUCAUCGUGGUGACGGUGGCCUUUGUACAGGAGUAUCGCUCAGAAAAAUCUCUGGAAGAACUCAACAAACUGGUUCCCCCGGAAUGCAACUGUGUCCGAGGGGGAGCGACAGAGCGUCUCCUGGCGAGGGAGCUCGUCCCGGGGGACCUCGUGUGCCUCGCGCUCGGAGACCGAGUGCCGGCCGACCUGAGACUCACCGAGGCUGUGGAGCUCACGCUGGAUGAGUCGAGCUUCACGGGCGAGACCCAGCCGAACGCCAAGACGGUGGACGCGGCUCACCCCGGCCUCGACGGCAGCUGCGGUGGCGGUGGCAGCAGCAGCAGCCCCGUCAACAUCGUGUUCAUGGGGACCCUGGUGCGGAGCGGUCGCGGCAAGGGCAUCGUCGUCAACACCGGCGAGAACUCCCAGUUCGGCGAGGUCUUCCGCAUGAUGCAGAAGGAGGAGGCGCCAAAGACUCCCCUGCAGAAAAACAUGGAUCACUUGAGCAAGCAGCUGUCCCUGUACUCCUUCGGGAUCAUCGGGCUGAUUGCACUGGCCGGAUGGCUCCAGGGGAAGUCUCUGCUCAAUAUGUUCACCAUCGGCGUGAGCCUGGCGGUGGCAGCCAUCCCUGAGGGGCUACCCAUCGUGGUGACGGUGACGCUGGCGCUGGGCGUGAUGAGGAUGGCCGCCAAGAACGCGGUGGUGAGGAGACUGCCCACGGUGGAGACGCUUGGUUGCUGUGAUGUCAUCUGCUCCGACAAAACCGGAACGCUCACGUCGAACGAGAUGACCGUCACCCGAGUGUUCACGUCAGAGGGGCUGCUGGCUGAGGUGAGCGGCGUGGGCUACUUCACCCGCGGGGAGGUGACGAUCGACGGGCAGGCGCAGACCGCGUCGUCAAACGCGACGCUGACUAAGCUGUGCGAGGUCGCGUGCGUGUGCAACGACGCCGUCUUGAGAGACGGGGUGCUCCUGGGCGCGCCCACAGAGGGGGCGUUACUGAACCUGGCAGCCAAGCUCGGCGUCGGAGGCGUGAGAGAUGAACACGAGCGCAUCGAGGAGGUCCCGUUCAGCUCCGAGCGCGGGUGGAUGGCCGUGCGCUGCAUGUCCACCACACAGAGGGCUCCGCGCGGAGCGUUCUUCGUGAAGGGAGCGUGUGAGCGCGUGCUGGAGCAGUGCCGCUCCUACAGCAGCCACGGGCUCGCGGUGGCACUGACGCCGCAGGUGUGCGAGAGCUUCCACCGGCAGAGGAUCGCCCUUGGCAGCCAGGGCCUCCGAGUGCUGGCACUCGCGAGCGGGCAGGAGCUGGGCCGCCUUACCUUCCUGGGCCUCGUCGGGAUGAUGGACCCCCCACGGCCCACGGUCCCCGACGCCGUCGCCACCCUCCAGCGCUCCGGGGUGACCGUCGUCAUGGUCACCGGCGACGCCAUGGAAACCGCUGUUGCCAUCGGGAGGUCGAUAGGCUUGUACGGCGAGGGCAAUCGCAAGAUGUCCGGGGAGGACAUAGACAACAUGGAGCUCCCGGAGCUGGCGGCUGCCGUCGAGAAGGUCACGAUCUUCUACCGCACGAGCCCUCGUCACAAGCUCAAGAUCGUGAAGGCAUUCCAGCUGAGGGGCGCCGUGGUGGGCAUGACGGGCGACGGCGUGAACGACGCGGUGGCGCUGCGCGCGGCCGAGAUCGGCGUCGCCAUGGGCCUCUCGGGCACCGACGUGUGCAAGGAGGCGGCCGACAUGAUCCUCCUGGAUGACGACUUCAGCACCAUCCUGUCCGCGAUUGAGGAAGGCAAGGGGAUUUUUCACAACAUCCGCAACUUUGUGAAGUUUCAGCUCAGCACGAGCAUGGCUGCCCUGAGUCUGAUCGCCAUCACGACGCUGCUCGACUAUCCCAACCCACUCAACGCCAUGCAGAUCCUGUGGAUCAACAUCAUCAUGGACGGACCCCCCGCUCAGAGUCUGGGCGUGGAACCCGUGUGUGCCGACGUGGUGCGGCUGCCCCCGCGACGCCGAGGGGAGCGCAUCAUCACGCUCAGCCUCCUCUUCCGCACACUCAUGUCGGCUGCCAUCAUCACCAGCGGGACCCUCUACGUCUUUUGGAAGGAGAUGCAAGAUGGUCACGUGACGUCCCGCGACACCACCAUGACCUUCACGUGCUUCGUGUUUUUCGACAUGUUCAACGCGCUGGGCUCCCGAUCGCAGACCAAGACGGUGUUCGAGAUCGGGUUUCUGACCAACAAAUUCUUCCUGGUGUCGGUGCUGGGCUCGCUGCUGGGACAGCUGGCUGUCAUCUACCUCCUGCCCUUGCAGAAAAUCUUCCAGACCACGUACCUGUCACCCCUCGACCUCCUGUUCCUCGUGGGAAUCUGCUCGUCGGUGUGGAUCGCCAACGAGCUGGAGAAGAAGAUGGAGUGCUUCGUCAGGGAUCGCUGGUGCUGCAAGCGAAAGGGGGCGGCCAGCGGUGUCAAGGACGACGACGAUGACUCUGCUGCUGCUGCUGCCGCUGCGGCCGCUGCUGCUGCUGAUGCCAGAGGGAGCUCGAACGGCUCUCCUGCUUCAAACGCAGCGGGGAGCAAAGUGCACAUCGCCGUUCCGAUACUGUCAGCUUGAGCCGGGGCUCACUCAGCGUGCGGUUCUCAGGAAUUUGCGUGCGACGUGAAGGCCGUGCCGCCGUGACCACUCGCACGUGCCCGUUUCUCUUCCUUCUUUUUGCCGCAUCCUGCAAGAUGCUGCGUAGGUGACGUCAGACCUUCAAGGACCUUACGGUCUUAUCGCUGCCAUUUGUGUCGGUUUUUUUCAACGGUUUUACCCUAUCUUGACUCCUAUGUUUGUCGUGGUCAAAUCUUGUCAUCGAAAUUUAGUCGCCUUCCUGUUGUCCAAUCAAUUCCAAAUUUUGCACACGUACUCAGAUCAGGGUGACGAUGCAUGCCCGCAUCAAUGAAUUCGCUACUUUAAAGCAAUUGACAUUUUGUAUGGAGGCCUUAUUAUUUAUAUAGAUAUUUAUGUAGGUGAAAAACGCUGCGGUCCCUAAACGCUGGAAUCGCCUCGCCCAAGAUGCAGGCGCCACGUGUCUCAGGCGCGCCUGCUCCGCGUGAACGAGUUACAGAAGUAAUUGAUUCAAGUAAAAGCGUUGAUGUGGGAGCAGGCGCCGUAUCAUUGACGUACUUCUCGACCGUGAGUUAAACGAAGUUGUUCAUGAAACCGUUGUUUAAAAAAAAAAAAACUUUUUUUAAAGGAGUUUAUUAAUUGUUCAAAAGUCAUGGUCCUCCGAGGAUUGCACUUAAAGACUCAUGAUCAUAUCUUCACCACCGCCACCACAAUCUGGCUUGAGGUCUUCCCAUUGUUACACGGUCGACAUGUCCUUGAGGGACCUCUAAGCCUUCCCCUUGAUCGCCAGCCACUGAGCGCCGCCCCACUGCCGAUCUUGUUCACCUGCCCCUCUCAUCCCUCCCCCUCCACCCCUCCCUCUCCUCCACACCCCGAAAACACGGGCCGACGUUGGCGUGUGCCAUGGACGCGUCGCCAGGACCCGUCAUGUUUCCGUGCCGAGCAAAGCGGAGAUUUCGGAAGCUGUGAUGGCGCCGUGCUCCAUCGAGCCAUUCGGAUUCCAUCGUGGGAGCUGAACUGGCAACACCUCGCCACAGCACCUCCGUUGCUUUUCCCCCUCCGCUUUUCCCGACCAUCGACGCUCUCUCCAGGCGUGUUCCCGUCACACCCCGAGCUACUUGUCCAAACUACCGUUGUUUCUGUCCAUCUCUUGCGCUGAGCCGUCGGUCGAUCUUGCUCUACAGGUGAUAUCCAAGAGUCGUAUUCGAGGUAGCAGCACCCUCCUGAAAAGGAGAGUUCAUGAGAAUCGGUGAGGAAUUUCCUGGGUAAACAAAGGAGACAUCGAUCGGUUGGAUGGCAUACGGACUUCAGACAUUUUUUUGGCCCAUGGGAGACCUGGACGAAUAGAAGAAGCCUACAGGUGCAUUGUCACGAUCAUCAUCGGCCACGGUCCGUCCACUGCUGUGGGUUGGAGGAUUCCCCAAGCCGUCGCCAUUUCUCACAGCGGUCUCAUGAAUCAGCAAUCCACAUCGUUCCCUACUUUGGCUGCCACUCCAUCCUUGGUCUUGACCACUGGCCUGCCCCGCCGUACCUUCAGGCGUCGGGUCCUGCCCAAGUCCACUCACUCGCUCGCUCUCUCCGUGUUUGUUUACAGUUGAUGUGGUGUCUCCCGACUUGUGCGUUCUUCAAGACACGUGUUGCUCUUACCGUCUCUCGCUGUAAUUCCCAGCAUGCACUUCUCAACGCAUCUCUGUGCACUUUUCAGAUUUGGUUCCGGUUAAUUUUUUGUCGGGGAUGCAAAUGUGCAAAGGGGGAAAAAAAGAACAUUAAUGUGGGAGGAAAAAAAUAUUAAAAUGAUAAAAUCUACAAAUAUAUAAUAUAUUCACUUGAUUACAAAAAAAGGUGUAUUAUUUAAGAGCAGUGGCUCAGGAGUGUGAUCCAGUACUUGAUAGGCAAGAGCUGGUGGAUCAUCUAGGGCUUUGUGAAGCUACCGAUCCCACUGGGGCUGGGAUUUGGCCAGGAGGUGGCUGUACGGUCAGUGGGUUUGUGAACCUCAUUCGUUCGUAUCUCGGCAUGUUAUUCCCUCAUAAGGUUGGUGGGUAUCCUCCGGGAUCUUCUCUUUUUUCCUCCCACUCGAUGCUAAGCACUCCUUAAAGCGGAAUUGGCCAAACAUCCAAAUGUAGCAGGACCCUGCUGAAAAAGAGUCUUGCGAUUCAGUGAGGCUUUUCUAUGGUAAGUAAAUGGCCUGUAUUAUUUAAUGAGCACAAAAGUGUAUUUUAUGAAAGUAAAGAUGAAAAAAAUUGAAUAGUUCUUCUUCAUACAAAGGAGGUUGAUUAAAAUGUUUUUUUUAUUAUAGUCCAUUGGUCAACUACUGCUGGAUUAAAGCCUCCCCAUCCCGUUGGUCAUGGCGGUUGUUUGACCAUACUUCACCACGCUGGUCAGUGUGGGAUGGCGAAGGUGGUAGUGGCACUGGAUCCGUUCUGAUUUGACGUGGUACUGAAAUUAGCCCUGGCCAGGAAUCGAACUCAGGUGACCGGGUUCUUAGCACAGUGCACUAACUACUGCACUACCACCAGUCAAAGUGGCAAAAAUGGUCAAAUGUUUACAUUUGUACAGCUUAAGUUAAGCAACGAAAACAUUUUUGGACCAACAUUUGCCGUGGCUUUUUGGAAGACUUUUUUAAAAUCGCUGUUCAAUGAAUGGAAUGUGUGACUUGAAAUAGAAAUUCUGGGAAUGAAGGGACAGAUAUUUUGCUAUGUUAAACCGUGCCAAUGUUUACACGCUCGCAUAAAAAAAUAAAGGUGUCAAAGUC